UUGAAAAUGACGUCAUUGGUGAAAUUUUCUUGACCGCCUCCAAACUUUUUUUUCUUUGUUGGCAUUUAUUUGUUUACUCGCAGCUGUCCGUAAAGGUUGUGGUUGUCUAAUAAUAACACAACCAUGCCACUAUCAGAGGAGGAGUUUGCCGACAAAGAUGACAAUGCUCUCUUUCGAUCGAUCAAAGUCAAGGACUGGGACAAGGUCAGAGACUUGAUCAGCAAAAGUACUCAACAACAAGAAAAUAUGACGCGAACGGACAACGCCAGCAGCAUCGCCAAUGACGCCCCUUUGCUCCGACAACUCGAUGUCCACGAGAACAGCGCCUUGCAUGCAGCCAUUGGAUAUCAAGCCCCUGAUGAUAUUGUUCUGGCAUUGAUUAACGCUUAUCCCGAAGCCACGGCCAUUCAUGGUGCCAACGAGUGGUUACCACUGCACGUGGCUGCCAUGUGGGGAUCCUCUCCAUCCAUCAUGACAGCACUCAUUCAACAGCAUCCAGAAGGAUUAGACGACAGGGGAGAAGGUGGAAUCAAAGGACGGACGCCACGACACUUCAAGGACAGGUUUCCACACAAUAAGGAACUGUUGGAGCGAUCGACAGCAGAAUGGAGGGCAGAAGCCAAAAGUACCUAGCAGGUACCAUAGCCAACAGCAAGCAAGAAGAGCAAACUUGGCUCAUGAGAGUGACAGUCCUUCCUUCACCACAGACACCAACUUUCUUGUUGUUAUGUGGCAGCUUACCAUCAAUCUCGUACAAAUGAUCGUAAAUCGUAAUUAUUCGACCUGCUUGCUCUUCUGUUAGCUAAUCUUCAAGGUACAA